AUGCAGCAAUCGAAUCUUCCACCACGAGGUUAUUUUGGCAGUUCUGAUACUGUAUCGCAACAACAACAACAGCAGCAGAGUGGACCUCCUCGUAGUGGAAAUGGAUAUGUACCUGGAUAUGGACAUAAUAAUAUGCAGCAGUUUUCUCAACAACAACAACAACAGCCAAUGGCUCAAUCUUUGAGUAAUUUACCACGUCAAAGCUUAUCUGGAGUUCAGCAGCCUCAAGCUCAUCCUUUCAACUUAAGCUAUAACAGUCAACAUACUGGCUUUUCUGGUCAAGUGCAGCAGGUUCAUUUAUCAACUCCAGGCUCUCAAGGUGGUGGUUCCUUUCGACCUGGACAACAGGGUGGACAACCAGGUUCUAUAGGUCCAUCAUUGUCAUCAGGUGGAAACAAUCAAGUGAAUCGAAAUCUUCCUGGAUCGGCAUUAGGACACAGUGGAGUUCCACCAGGAUCCGGUACGUUUCAAAACACUCCACCUGCCGUAUCAGGACUAGGGACUUUCCAGACUGGUGGUCCGCCAGGUCCAUUGAGGCAGCAGUUUCAGCAGGGACCUCCUGCACCAGGACAGCAGUAUGGCAAUGCGCCGCCGCCUCAGGGCAGCCGUGUAGCCCCUCCACCGCAGUUUGGCGGACAGCAACAGGGUGUUUUACCUCCACCGUCCAAUGGACAAGCGCAGGGACUUCUACCUCCGCAGUUCAAUGGACAACAACAAAGACCACCGCCUUUACAGGGGGGAGCAGCUCCGUACCUUCAGCCGAACCGCGAUGCUGGGCCAUACCCUGGACCUCCUGUACCCCCUGCUGCUGCACCGCCUUACGGUGCACCAGGGGCAGUUGGAACGUAUGGCCAACCUCAACAAGGAGGGUAUAUUCAACAACAUCAGCCGGCUUCUCAGGCACAAAAGCAGCGUAUCGACCCGACUCAGAUCCCACGACCUAUUAUAUCGGCGGAGCGUGUGCAGUAUGUUGCCCGAGGUCACACGGUGACCAUGCCACCUCCGGCAUCAAGCGACUACGUGUGUGUGGACGAAGGCUGUUGUAACCCGCGCUUCAUUCGACCGACACUUAACCAUGUCCCCACCACAAAAGAAUUGCUAAAGCAAUGUGGACUACCACUGGCUGCGGUGAUUUGUCCUCUUGCCGACUUGCAAGAGGAUGAGCUGCCGAUUCCGCUGGUGGACUUUGGUCCUAGUGGCCCGCUGCGGUGCACACGUUGUGCUGCUUAUGUGAACUCAUUCACGAAGUUUAUACAAGGUGGUCGCAAAUUUGUGUGCAACAUUUGUCAGCUGAGUAACGAGACCCCGCGCGAUUACUACUGCAGCGUGGACCAGUACGGCAAGCGGCGUGAUAAUCAAGAGCGCGCGGAACUGUCGCGCGGUUCAGUGGAAUAUGUUGUGCCUGCAGCGUACACUAUCCGUCCACCACAAGAGCCCAUUUUGGUCUUUGUUCUUGACGUUUCUCUCAUUUCGUUUCGGACGGGCCUUGCUACUAGCGCACUGCAAGCAAUUAAUUAUUUGCUACCGUCGAUGGCACAGAACAAGCGCAAAAAGGUGGGCAUAAUAACUUUCGAUACAGCCGUACAUUACUACCGUAUGGACAGCGGUUCGUCUUCUAUUUCCAUGUGCAUUUGCCCAGACAUUGAUGAUCCGGUAGCGCCGCUGCCUCCGAGCAGCUGGCUGAUAUCCAUGGACGAUCCGGCUGCGGCUGACAAGAUUACAGAGCUAUCUGACACGAUUACUCGCUCGUUUGAAAAUACGACAACAAACCAGGCAGUCUCUGGCUCCGCACUCUGGAUGAAACGUGAAGAAGCGAGUGGUGCCUACGGUACCACGAAGGAGGUUGAUCUGUAUACUCCUGAGGAAAACAACGCUUACGAGGAAUUAGCUCGUAAAUGCGCGGAGAAGCACAUCUCUUUGGAUGUGUUUUCGGUUGCGAACGCGUUUGCAUCACUUGCUGAUGUAGGCCGUGUAUGUGAACUGACUGGUGGGCGUGUUCAGUACAUGCCUCAGUUUGAAAAGGAACUAUCGAGUAAUCGUCAUCAUCUUAUCAGUAUGCUUCAGCGCCUUGUGGAUCGUGACUGCGGCUACGAGGCCGUGCUUAAGGUGCGCUGCAGCGCUGGACUCCGUUUGGAGCACGCAUACGGUAAUUUCUUUAGCGCUCGUGGAAACGUAUUGACUUCAGAUGAGAUGGAAUUUGCUGUGAUUGACCAAGAUCGCUCAAUGUGCGUAACUUUUUCGUACGACGAACCACUGGCUGAAGGCACGGAUGCAUUCAUCCAGGCGGCUCUGCUUUAUACGCGUAGUGACGGCUUACGUUGCGUGCGUGUGCACAAUCUUGCAUUGCAGGUGGAGCCAUUGUUAUCAAAUGUUUUCCGCUUUGCUGACCUGGACGCGACCUGUUCUGUGUGGCAGCGCUCAGCUGCACGUCAGUUCGUGGAUAAGCAGUUAAUGCGUGCGACGCCUAUGGCGGUUAAGGAGUCAUUGGUAGACCAGUGCGUGACGGUGUUGUUCAAUUAUCGCAAGUAUUGUGCUUCAUCUUCGUCUUCGGGACAGCUGAUUCUACCUGAAUCUUUGAAGCUGCUGCCUUUAUACACUUUGGCAACGCUCAAGAGUCGUGCAUUGAGAGGAAACCUUGUGGAUAAUCCUCCACGUGGAUUCGUUGAUGUGCGAGCGGAUGAGCGGGUAAUGAUGAUGGGUCUACUUAACAGUCUUCCCGUUGAGUAUUGCGUUUCGGCAGUCUAUCCCAAAUUAUACAGUGUACAUGACUUGGCGGAAGAUUGUUGCACAUUGGACGAGGAUGGGAAGUUUAUCCUUCCUCCUCAGCUUCCGCCGACGGCAGAAAAAUUGGAUGAAGAAGGUAUUUUUUUGUUGCACUCAGCAAUGUGCUGCUCCAUUUACAUUGGUCCGAAGGUUUCUCCCGAUUUGUUGGUUGAACUAUUCGGCGUGGAUCAUGCUGACACAGCUGAACAAACUCUGAACCUGUUUGACACUAUCGAAAACGAACCGCUUGCGGGCGAAGGUAUAAGCGCUCGUGAGCGGCUACGCUCGCUAGUGGAGUACCUAAACUCAACCAUCCCGAUCUCUCAGCCUUUGGAGAUCCUGACCAAGAAUGAUUGGCGUGCGAACCGCUUCAUGAGCACGCUAGUAGAGGACCGCACACGCAAUGACGUGUCUUACGUUGAGUUUUUGGUCCAGGUGCACAAGAAGAUUCAGUACAAGUUUCAUUAG